AUGAAAGUAUAUAAACAACGAUUGCGUGAUGUUUGGUUACAAAUGCCAGAAUUUAAAGGAUGGCUACGCAGAGACCCCCAAGAUCCUUAUAGAGCAUACUGCAGCUCUUGCAAUUGCGGUUUAAAAACAAAAAUAUCCGACUUGCGCGCCCAUGCCAUUACACAGAAGCAUCUAAAAAGCAGACGUGGUGGCGCACCUCGCUUUGAAGUCGACCAAAAACCUUUUGAUUUAGCGCCUGUACAAAUGAAAACAAGCGAUCUAACCAGCUCCGACGAGGACACUUACAGCAGCAUAAGUCACCUCCUAAUAAAAAAACCACCUAAACAGGAAAAGGAGCAAUCAGUUCUCUACGAAGACGAACAAUCAGAUCCAUUUUUUUGUCCAGUCAAUGAGGAACAGAUUAGCAUCUGCAAUCAAGAUAUUUUUACCAAGGCUAUAUCCAUUAUAAGCCGAAAAUCUGAUCCUGCGCAAGUUUUCGGCGAUUUUGUAGCAGAUCGACUGCGUCAGAUAAAUAGUGAAAAAGUUGAAAUUAUUAAGGACAAAAUAACGCAGGUGCUUUUAGAAGCAACCACACAAAACAGAAAAAUUAAUAAUAGUAAAGAAAAUGAAGAAUAAAUGAAAUACAUUAACCACAAAAACAAAUAUUUACGUACGUAAUGUAUGUAUAGUCUAAGAAUAGGCAAAAAAUGCGCUUAAGUGAAUUUUAUUGUAAAAACAGGUAGUUAACAUAAUAUUAAAUAAAUACAAGGAAUUAUCAAUGAAUUGACACCAAUUAUAUGGAAA